AUGAAGAUCACAUUCAAGGACCUGAAGCAGAACAAGUUCGUCAUUGAGGCCGAGCCUUCAGAAACGAUUGGCGCACUCAAGUCCAAGAUCCAAGCAGAAAAGGGCUGGGAAGUCCCUCAGCAAAAGCUCAUCUACUCCGGCAAGAUCCUCCAGGAUGCCAACACGGUCGAGUCGUACAACAUUGAGGAGAAGGGCUUCAUUGUCUGCAUGGUCUCCAAGCCAAAGGCCGCUCCUGCUGCAUCUUCAAGUAAAGCUGCGCCUUCGACACCUGCUCCCGCACCAGCCCAAACACCCUCAGCUCCCCAAGCUCCUACUCAAUCAUCAACCACGCACAACGCCCCCGCUACACCUUCGCCCGCGCCCGCACAGGCAUCGGGCGAGCGCUUCAAUGACCCAUCGGCGCUGACCAUGGGUGGCGAACGUGAGGCCGCUAUUGCCAACAUGGAGAGCAUGGGUUUCGCGAGGGCUGACAUUGACCGGGCCAUGCGCGCCGCCUUCUUCAACCCCGACCGCGCGGUUGAGUACCUGCUGACGGGUAUUCCCGAGAGCGCACUACAGGAGCAGGCGCAACAAACACAAGCCCGUGCACCCAACUCGCCCACGCCUGCUGGCGGAAAUGCGGGUGCGACUGCGCAAGCUAACCCUUCGUCUGGAGGCGAUGAACCCAUGAAUUUGUUCGAGGCUGCCGCCGCUGCCCAAAACCGGGGUGGUGCUGGCGGUGCUCGCUCUGGUGGUACUGGAGGUGCUGGCGCUGGCGCUCUCAACGCCAACUCUCUCGACUUCUUGCGCAACAACCCCCAGUUCCAGCAGCUACGACAGGUGGUGCAACAGCAGCCCCAAAUGCUUGAGCCCAUCCUGCAACAAGUAGGCGCAGGCAACCCACAGUUGGCUCAGAUGAUCGCAUCCAACCCGGAGCAGUUCCUGCAAUUGCUCGCAGAGGACGCGGAUGAGGAUGCGCCAUUGCCACCAGGCGCCCAGGCCAUAUCCGUCACGGAAGAGGAGCGCGAGGCUAUUGAGCGCCUGUGUCGCCUCGGGUUUGAGCGUGAUCUGGUUAUCCAGGCAUACUUUGCGUGCGACAAGAACGAGGAGCUGGCCGCCAACUUUCUCUUCGACCAGCCUGAUGACGCUGACGACCAGUAG